AUGUUGGUUAGCUUAUUGUUACUGUUCAUUCCUGCUGGUGUCUUUUGUGCUCCCAUUGGCGAUGAGGACGAACCAUUUGAUUUGGAUUUUUCCCAGUUGGGUGAGGAAAUGUAUCGCAUAGAGGAAAGGAACGAUACCUUAAAGUUGUUGGAAGAGUGGUCUUCGAUCGAAGAUGGGGGCAUGAAUCCGGAAGAGAUGGGACCUUUUGUGCAAGGUGAUCUCUAUCAGCCCGUGGUCGCGAAAAAUGCUGUGAAGUUCAAAAGUAAAAAAUGGAAAAACGCGAUUGUGCCGUAUAAAAUUAGUGACGACUUUGGUAAUGGUGAGGUGCAAAUGAUUAAAAAUGCGUUCAAAAUAUUUCGACAGAAGACCUGCAUUCGAUUCGUUCCGAGAGUUAACCAAAGAGAUUACGUGUCGAUCGAGAGAUCUUCGAAUGGCUGCUGGUCGACGGUUGGACGCGUUGGAGGUCGGCAAGUGCUUAAUCUACAGCAAGAUGACUGCUUUCGCCGAGUUGGAACGAUCCUACACGAACUGAUGCACGUGAUUGGGUUCUUACACGAGCACACCCGGUACGAUAGGGAUCAGUUCGUAGAUAUCAACUAUCUGAAUGUGCGCUUCGAUGCGAUUGGCAACUUUUGGAAAGAAUCCAAAGACGGAACGAGAACUUACGGGAUCGGAUACGACCUGGGAAGUGUUAUGCACUAUUCGCAGAAAGCGUUCAGCUGGAAUGGAUUCCAUACGGUUGAACCCAAGGUUAAAUAUUCCGGGAGAAUCGGACAGCGGGAUGGAUUUUCCAACAAAGACAUAAAACGUAUUACAUCGAUGUAUUGUAGUAGCAGUUGA